GAGAGGCGUGAGUGUUUUUAUUUAGGAAAUAUAGUCAACGUUUUUGUGUGAGAGAGGCUCCACUUCCUUCCCACACCAACUCCCUACCAGCUGAGCAGGAGAAUACUUUGCUACCAUCUUCCUUCCUUUCAGUAUAAUAUACCCGUUUCAUCGAGUAAAAGUGGAAGUUGAUUGAAGAAGAAAAAUGGGUUGGGGGAAAAUGUUCUUCACAGUUGUGAUUACGUUUUCAGCAGCAUUAAUCACAUACAACAUUCUCAUCUCAGCAAAUGCUUCUUUCAAGCAAGAAUUUCCUGGUCCAUCUUCAGCAAAAACGUUGUUUUCUCAAGAUCCAAUUAUCAAGAUGCCAUUAGAGAGAUCAAAUAACAACAACAAGAAGAAGAGGUUGUUUCAUACAGCUGUUACAUCUUCUGAUUCUGUUUAUAACACUUGGCAGUGUAGGAUUAUGUAUUACUGGUUCAAAAAGUUUAAAGAUGAACCUAAUUCUGAGAUGGGUGGCUUUACAAGGAUCUUACAUUCUGGAAAAUCAGAUAGAUUCAUGGAUGAGAUCCCUACUUUUGUUGCUCAACCACUUCCUUCUGGAAUGGAUCAGGGUUAUAUUGUCCUCAAUAGACCAUGGGCUUUUGUUCAAUGGCUCCAACAAGCACAAAUUGAAGAAGACUACAUAUUGAUGUCAGAACCAGAUCAUGUUAUUGUCAAGCCCAUCCCUAACCUAUCUAAAAAUGGACUUGGAGCUGCAUUUCCUUUCUUUUACAUUGAACCCAAAAAGUACGAGUCUGUACUAAGAAAGUUCUUCCCUCAACAAAACGGACCUAUAACCGAUAUUGAUCCCAUAGGAAAUUCACCUGUCAUUGUUAGCAAGGAAGCUUUAAAGAAGAUAGCUCCCACAUGGAUGAAUGUUUCUUUGGCCAUGAAAAAGGAUCCUGAAGCAGACAAAGCCUUUGGUUGGGUGCUUGAGAUGUAUGCCUAUGCAGUUGCAUCUGCUUUGCAUAAUGUCGGUAAUGUAUUGCACAAGGAAUUCAUGAUUCAGCCUCCUUGGGAUACAGAAAUAGGCAAGGCGUUCAUAAUUCAUUACACAUACGGAUGUGACUAUGAUAUGAAGGGAAAGAUGACCUAUGGAAAAAUUGGAGAGUGGAGAUUCGACAAAAGAUCAUAUGAUAAUACCUGGCCACCGAAGAACCUUUCUCUGCCUCCACCUGGUGUUCCAGAGAGCGUGGUUACUCUGGUAAAAAUGGUGAAUGAAGCUACAGCUAACAUUCCGAACUGGGGUUCUUAGAACUGUGUUGUGAUUGAAGCUAUUCCACUCACGCAAGAUGUAUGAUGGGUUUGUAGUUUGUAGUUUCUAUACCCAUGUUGCACACGAGAAAAUCGUGUUCCCUCCCAAUGAUCAUUGUUAGAAUAUUUGAAACUUUCUUGUAUGCAGUUCCAUCUGUCCUUUAUCCUAUAUGUUCCAAACCUCUGUGUAUAGUUGCAAAUCUAUUCAUAUGCAGUAGGCUGCCAUGUUGAAACUAUUAGUUUACUAGUUGCAGCUCUUCCCAUUGUUAGCGACAAUGAUGGGGGAUCUCAAGUUUUUCGUUAUUUGUUGCUUUCAGAUAGACAAUAUGUUCUGCAUAGAGCAACAAUCUGGAUAACUUCAAGGUUUUGCUUGUGUUAUCAAUUUA